CUGUCCGUCGUGAAACAAGUACGUUUUGUUCAGUUGUCAUGCAUCAACUAAACCGACUCAAAAAUUAGCUUAUUGUGAACGUGGAAGAAGUUUCAAAAUUCAGAUUAUCUGUUUGAGUUUUAAACGGCGACGUUAGAUGAAACACCAUUGCUGACAUUGUUUUAACUGAGGAGAAGUAACUGACAUUCUACCAACGGUAGCGAUAAAAUUACGUUAACGUAUCUCCGGGUCCGUCUUUUAACGAGGGUGCAACUCUGCCUAAGUUAAGUUAGCUAGCUAACUAGAACAACCUGUUCUUGUUGGAUUUAACCAUGGACGCAGUUGUAAAAUUCAUGAACCAAAGUCAAGGAAGGGACCGUAUAUUCAGGGCAGCCCAAUAUGCAUGUACACUGUCGAUAUAUUUACUUCGAAACAACUCGGAAAGAAAGGACCUUGUGGUAAAACUCAAAAGUCUGGAAGCCCACAUGAGCGCUGGACGGAAAUUGUUCAGGCUGGGAAACACACUAAAUUCCACUGAGGCUGCUAAGCGAACCUUGCAACUCUCUGACAGAGUGCUGUGCCUGUGCCUUACUGCGGCCAACAUCAACCGCGCCCUUUACUUUAUCUGUGACAAUGUACUUUGGGCCAGAAGUGUCGGUCUUAUCCGCGAUAUCGAAAAAGAACACUGGAGCCUAAACGCCUCUCGCUGCUACUUCAUCUCGCUAGUUAUGAGUCUCACCAGAGAUGUUUAUGUAGUCAUCCAGUUAAUGGUACAGAGAGCACGAGAUAAACACUUCAGACAGAAAAUGGAUCUGCAUCUCAAUGAGAAUCCUGAAGUAGCUGAAGCUGUCAUUCCUCAGCUGGAUGCUUUUCUCUUCCUGCUGUUGGAGAGCCUAAAAUCACAUCCGGCUGUUGCCUUGGACACACUGAAAAAUAUAUGUGAUCUCUUCAUUCCCUUAGACAGGUUGGGUAUAUACCAGUCAAAUGCAGGAGUGGUGGGAUUUUGUGGUCUGAUAUCCUCACUGAUUGGGAUAGUAACCCUCGCACAGCCCAAGUUAAGAAUCAAGCCUUGAAAAUGAGAGUGGAGAUAAAGCCUUACUGACUAACUGCAGAUAAAAAGGUUUAUCAUGACAGGUUUUUAAAAGGAUUUAGCGUAAUCUACCUGGAGCUGUAAUGGUGGACUGCGGUCAACCGGGUGCACAAUGAGAUUAGGCAACACAUCACAGGCACAUUUUGUAACAUUUAUGUUAGAAUAGCAUUUAUGUUUUACACCAAACUCAAGCCAGCAAUAACUGAAGGACUUGCAAAUUUCUGGAUUGACUGGAUUUGAUUGUUUUGUAACAGAUUUUUAAUUAACUAAUUGAUUGCUAAUUGAACUAAUUACAUCAUACUUUUGAAACAGACACAACAAAUACUUUGAAUGGGGACCAGUUAAAGUUUAAAACACUGGGAGCAAAUCAAGUUUAUGUAGUAGCCUUGUAUAUUUUUUGUAUUUUUAAAACAGUCGAGGCUAAACUUGUGUGCAUUCCUGUCUUCUCCAACAUCUCAUAUAACACCAGCAGUGUAACUACUGUACGUAACUACUACUGUGCAAAAUAAGGGCUCUGUACUGAUGCAACCUUUUGCAUCGAUCUUUCAGAAAAAGUAAGAUCUUAAUUUGAGUGAUGUUGCCACUUAAAGUCUUUCUCUGCUCUUUGUUUUGUGAUAAAAUGUUGCUAAAAAAGGUUUACUUCAAUGAUUCAAGGGAUGAAUGAGUUGCAUCUCAGCCACAGGUGCUUCCAGAGGGGGAAAAGCAGCUGAGAAAAUUCAGGGGAUUAUCUCACCUGCUAUGUAUUUUUCAUUCUGCCAUUCAAGGCAUGACUUGGGCUUCAACUGUCAGCAGAUUAUACUAUAUGUUAAUUUAAAGAAAAGUGUAAAGAAAUGAUUGAGUACAAAAAAGAAAAAAAAUGCAAAUAAUGUUACUAUUUCAAUGAGCAAAAACACCCUCGAUUGUGUUCAUAACAUUUUUAAUAUAUUGUCUAGGAAUUGUAAGCUUGUGUAUAUCUUGAAACCUCCACCUUCCUUUUGUAAAUAAUGAGAACUUAAGCCCUCAAAGCUGCGGGUACUUGUGACAUUUAUUAUCACAUGUAAUAGUGUCAUCCAGUUCAGAUGACUAAAUGUUUUCACUGUCACGGGUGAUUGAAAAGUUAAAACACUUCAUAGUAAACAAAUUUAUUUAAAUAGUGCUUUUUAAAAACUACAUGUUUGUAUUUUAAUGAUGUUAAUAAUCAUUAACUGUAGUAAGUGUUGAUCAAUGGAAAACAGUUGUUUCAGAUUAAAAGUAGAGUAACACUGCCCUCUUGGGGAAACAUGACAUCUUGUUGAAUUGAAAAGAGCUUUAUUUUUCAAUUAUACUGAGACACUUUUUUUCUGAAAGCUUUUUUUUUUUAAAGAGGAUGACAUUGUGAUAAAGCAUCCACCAUCAAAAAUUGCAAAAAUAUAUUCCAUUUCCCUUUCACCAUACUUUUGAGUUUUGCGAAAAGAAUGAACAAACUAUGCAAAGAUGAAUUCCAUAAAAGGACAAACACAUACAAAAGCAAUAAAUAAAGAAAUUUGUUCUCCUUGGUAGAUCAAUUGCAGUGAUUUAUGCUUGGCAAAAUGUUUGAUUUCACAUUUCCAUUGAGACAUUGUUUUUCCAGUUCCAACAAACCAAUUCAGCGCACCUGUAUGAAAUAUGUGGAAACAGUUUGCUGGGCUGGAAACAAAAAUUAAAACAAAAUCCAGGCCAUUCUUUCAGAUAUACAUGUAUGCAAAUAGCUAACACUAGAUGGUAAUUGGUGUCUUGAAAAACCUAGCAUUUUUAAAAUGCUGAAUUUUCAUGUCUGGAAAAAUGUUCUGUUUUAAUUGAUAUCAUGUCAGCGCCAAUACACUUCAUACAUUUUACAAGACAUCCGAUACCAAUUUAAUCUAAACAUUAUCAACAAAGCACUUUGAAGACUGUGAAACUACAGAUGUGUAAAGACUGCUGGCCCAAGUAUUUUUUUUUUUCCAAAUACCAAUGAUAGUUACAUGCAGAGUGGCUCUGCUCUUUGAAUGGAAAAGGCACCUUCAGUAGUUAGCUCCUGCAAGAGUAAAAAAAAAAACAUCACUGUUAGCACUUGAGAAGUUCCUUUCACCAAGGGUCUCGUUUCCCAAAAACAACAUGUUAACAUGAAUAGUACAAAUAUCUUCAUUCAUACUAUGAUUAGACUGAUAUUUUUCCCAGGGAUGAUUACAUAUUUAUUGUACAAUUGACCAACACUACUUAUGUGGUAAAUGGGAAGCCCUUAACUUGAAUUAGUUCUGUAAAUUGUUAUUACUUUUAAGGUGUUGUGGUCUGAAUGGUGUUAUGUAGCGAUUCCAUCCUGCCAUCAUUAAUAAAAAUGUUUCAGUA